AAACAAACCCAUUAGUGGUGCAUAUCGAUCAUUUCAAAUUGGAUUAUCGGUCGUCGCAUUCAAGCCCCACAAUGGGUUUGCAUAAAGUAAAAUUACUGUUUCAUGUUCUUCUAGCAGUGAUGUUAUCCUUGCAUACAAGCGAAAGUAAAUCGACCAUGGAACAGCUGGCUAAGGCGAGCGAGAUGAUGCGUGGCGUGUGCGUUGGAAAAACGAAAGCCCCCUUGGAUCUGAUCGAUGGUUUGGGACGAGGAGAAUUUGUCGAGAACAAGGAUCUCAAAUGUUAUGCCAACUGCGUGCUGGAGAUGAUGCAGGCGAUGCGUAAGGGUAAGGUGAACGCCGACAGUGCCAUCAAACAAGUAGACCUGCUGAUCCCACCGGAAAUAGGGGAACCUACCAAAAAGGCGUUCGACAUGUGUCGAAAUUCGGCCGAUGGCAUCAAGAACAAUUGUGAAGCUGCGUGGGCACUGGUUAAGUGCCUGCAUCAGAAAAAUCCCAAGUAUUUCUUCGCUUGAAUGCUAUCCCAUAUAAGUUUUCUGUGCGGUGGUCCUGUCCACAUUUAGUUCGUUCAAUAGGUAUGCCUAUUUACGUUCAUAUAGAGUACAAAUAAUUGCAAGCAUGAAUAAAAUAAAAUGACUCUUUAUUCUAAA